UCAUAUGACCUACUAGGAAUAGCCUUUAUGUUGAUAACAACUCUCAUGUCAAAAUUUGUGACUAUUUUUUGGUUAUAUAAAGAAAAUAAGUUCCACACAUGAACAUAAUUGCAAAAUGUGUCCCAAAGCGCUUGUCACCAUUUUGGUCGUUGUUGGUUUGGUGUAUGUCGAGGCGGGGCAGAAAUGUACCGGAAGUCCAAGGAUGUAUAACGGAAAGAGGUGUGCGUCGACAACUCACUACCAUGACGCCCAUAAAGGUGCAUGUGGUUGCGGACCGGACAAUAACGACAAUCAGUUCAGUUGGAAUGCCAACAGCUUUGUAACUGCUCCGAGUCAGCACUUGUUUGACGCUAGUGGUAAAGGUUGGUGUGGUUCCAUGUGUGGAAGGUGUGUGAAACUCACCACAACAGGUGGAUUUGUCGAUGGACAAGGCUCAUACACACCGCCCGGUCAAAGUGCCGUAUUUAUGACAACAAACUUAUGUCCAAAUGAAUAUCCCAAUCUUAGUUGGUGUAGUCAAAGCAGUCAAAAUGGAUACAAAAAUCAAUACGGUUACGGAGAGCAUUUUGACCUUGAAAACGGCGCAGGACAGGUUUCUGGACUGGGCUGGAAUAACCCAGAGGUCACGUGGGAAUGGGCUGACUGUAAUUCAGCACACUCCCAUAACAGUAAGACACCAAAUGAUGGAAUGUAUCAUCAGUGCUAUUGUGGAAAACACCCAGGUGGCGGCAAGAAAUAAUUAAACAACUUUUGUUUUGAGUUUUUCUUAUUAAAAGUCUAAAAUAAAUA